AUGGGAACGGCAUUUGUGUCGGCGUUUUUCUUUCACGGUUUGCAUGAGACAGUGCACCAAACCGCCUUUCGAUCCAAGUGGGCAAAUAUCGCAGUAGCGCAUGUGUUAGGUUUUCUGUGCCUAAGACCUGCCCGCCAUUACUGGUACUACCACUUGGAUCAUCAUCGAUACACUGGCAAUCCAGAGCGUGAUUCUGAGCUACAGUCAGGCUCCUUCCUGGACUUGGCCAUCGAUGGCCCAGUUCAAUAUCUUUUCUACCUGUCAGGAAUUCCUUUUUGGAUUGAUGCAGUCUGCAGCCUUAUACGUCAUGCCUUUGGGUAUUGCACGGAGUCUUACCUGUGUUACAAGAUGAGGGCCUGCAGACAAGUGUCAAGAGAAGCCAGGAUCUACCUUUGUCUGUACGUGUGGAUAGCCGUCCUGGCUCUCAAGUACACAAUUGUGGCAACAACUCUUUUGCGCAACUGGGUUUGGCCGGCCCUCUUGGCACAGCCUAUUCUGAGAUUCUACUUGCUUGCCGAACACCGCGGUCGCAAGCAAUCAACUUUGGUGUACGAAAAUACACGCACUACCUACACGAACUGGUUUCUCCGGAGGCUGGCUUGGUGCAUGCCCUACCACAUGGAACAUCAUGCCUGGCCCUCUGUACCCUUCUACAAGUUGAAAGACGCUAACCACCUUCUUGUCCAAGCAGCUCAUGAAGCCAGUGCGGAGAGAGGCUACGAUGUCCUAGAGCAGGGUGAAGCAUAUCCGGAACUAAAAGAGAGCUCGAGAUUGGGCUAUAUCGGGUUCAACCUUCGCUUCUGGAAGCAUUUGAGACCCGACCGCGGGGUGAGAAAAGGAUUGGGGCGCAU